AAACUUCCCAAGUGCAUCAAUUCUAUAUGAAAUAAGACAGAUCCAUUCUUCUUUUAAUUUGUUGUUAUUAAGGAGAAAUACAAUAUUUUAUUAUAUCCUAUAAUUUUGUGUGGAAUUUUGGAAAACCAAGAUCUGGAAGAAAUUGAAGCACUGGCAAACUAAAACGCUCUCUUGAGACUAUUUGGGUUAUUUUGUUGACGCCUAAAAUUUCUUACGUUGAAUAUUUCAUACUUAAAACAAAAAAAAAUUACUUUACAAGUCGCAAUUGAUGCUCUAUACAUCGUAAGUACUCUGCUCAAAAUAUAAACUGCCUUUUUUGGAUUUUCUUGAUUUCUUGAUUUCUUUAUUUAUUUCUUUGUUUUCUGUUUCUCCUUUCGUUCUCUUUAAAGCUUGCAUGAAGUUUUUAGGACAAAGCUUACGAAAAUACAUAACAUCUGCAAAAGUAGCUGAUACUAUGCCAAACAUUGUCAAAGAAAGAAUGUCUCCACCUACUCGAUUGCCGGUUUUUAAUAAUAAAUCGUUUUAUAAGAGAACACUUCCACCUCAAUGCUUGGCGUUCGACUCGCACCAGGGCAAGCAGGUGUUCUUAAAGGCGCUCCAAGAAGGUCACAUGGAAAAUUACUUUACUCUAGCUCAGCAAAUGGUAACUCAAAAUGAGCCAGCCUUUUGCGGAAUAGGUACUUUGUGCAUGAUCCUUAAUUCCUUGAAGGUAGACCCAGGUCGCCUGUGGAAGGGGUCGUGGCGUUGGUAUGAUCAAGAUAUGUUGGAUUGCUGUCGUUCACUAAAGGAUAUAGAACGAGAUGGGAUUACUCUCGAGGAGUUCUCCUGUUUGGCAAAUUGCAAUGGUUUGCAAACUGUGACGAAGUCUGUGAAAGACGUUUCCUUUGAAGAGUUUUUAAAAGAUCUCAUGAUAUGUUCCACGCAAACGGGCAAGAUCAUGGCAAUUUCGUUCAGUCGUAAAGUAUUGGGUCAAACUGGAGAUGGUCAUUUUAGUCCAGUGGGUGGGUAUAGCGAAAAGGAUGGCAAAGUCUUAAUUUUAGACGUUGCCAGAUUUAAGUAUCCCAGCUAUUGGGUAGACUUGGAAAUGAUGUACAAAAGCAUGUUUCCUUUGGAUGCCACUAAUAAUCAGCCAAGGGGUUACGUGCUGUUGGAAGCAAUGCGACAUCCGGUGGGUGUGUUUACAGUUGGGUUGAACAAGUACAGUUGGAAAAACGUGUCAAAUCACAUUCAUCAUGAAGUUACUAGUGCAAAAUCCGUGCAGGAUCUUAUUAAUCGCUUAGAUUCUUUGAAUCAAUCAUCCAUACCGCUCAUACAACAACGAUCUAAUAGCUCCUUAUCGGCUGAGUUUCAACAUUUUUGUAAUGUCCUCGAAAGUACUGAUACUUAUAAACUUAUAUUCCAAAAUACUAAUUCAGACGCAAAAUAUUUGACUUUGGCUUUUUGGUCAAUCUUUUCUUUGCCUACCUUUAAAAAGCAUUGCAAUCCCGCUCUGUUAGAUCAGCUCAUCCCAUACUUGAAAGAAAUCGACAUCAACGAAAUUCAGACUCAGGUGCGUGUAUUGAUUGAACAAUUGGAAAGUCUUACACAGUGUUGCAAAGCUGAUAAACCUUGUUCUGCUUCCGAUUGUUGUAAAAGUUCAUAAUACCUUCGUUUGCUUAGAUAUCUAUUUAUUUUACCCUUUUCUGUUGUACAUCCCUAUCAGGUAACAUUUGGGAUAUGUAUGAUUAUCAUUAGUUUUUUACUAGUUUUGUUUCAAUAUCUGUUAAAAUUAUGAAAAUUGCAAACGAAAGUGUACAAAAAUGAGGAAAAUCAAUAAAUCACACAGAUGAAGAACUUUGGUAGAAUCACUUGCAGCAACAAGUAACAAAUAAAUCAGCCAGGUAACAAAGUAAAUGGCUGACUCACUAAGGUAGCCCACGCUGACGAAAUUUCUGUCAA